GUAUGGAGGCAGAGCCCUCCCAGCCUCCCAACGGCAGCUGGUCCCUGGGUCAGAACGGGAGUGAUGUGGAGACCAGCAUGGCAGCCAGCCUCACCUUCUCCUCCUACUACCAACACUCCUCUCCGGUGGCAGCCAUGUUCAUCGCGGCCUACGUGCUCAUCUUCCUCCUCUGCAUGGUGGGCAACACUCUGGUCUGCUUCAUUGUGCUCAAGAACCGGCACAUGCGCACUGUCACCAACAUGUUUAUCCUCAACCUGGCCGUCAGCGACCUGCUGGUGGGCAUCUUCUGCAUGCCCACAACCCUUGUGGACAACCUUAUCACUGGUUGGCCUUUUGACAACGCCACAUGCAAGAUGAGCGGCUUGGUGCAGGGCAUGUCCGUGUCUGCGUCGGUUUUCACGCUGGUGGCCAUUGCUGUGGAAAGGUUCCGCUGCAUCGUGCACCCUUUCCGGGAGAAGCUGACCCUCCGGAAGGCGCUGUUCACCAUCGCGGUGAUCUGGCCUCUGGCGCUGCUCAUCAUGUGUCCCUCGGCGGUCACUCUGACCGUCACCCGAGAGGAGCAUCACUUCAUGCUGGAUGCUCGAAACCGCUCCUACCCGCUCUACUCGUGCUGGGAGGCCUGGCCCGAGAAGGGCAUGCGCAAGGUCUACACUGCCGUGCUCUUCGCGCACAUCUACCUGGCGCCGCUGGCGCUCAUCGUAGUGAUGUACGCGCGCAUCGCGCGCAAGCUAUGCCAGGCCCCCGGUCCUGCGCGCGACACGGAGGAGGCGGUGGCCGAGGGUGGCCGCGCUUCGCGCCGUAGGGCCCGCGUGGUGCACAUGCUGGUCAUGGUGGCGCUCUUCUUCACGUUGUCCUGGCUGCCACUCUGGGUGCUGCUGCUGCUCAUCGACUAUGGAGAGCUGAGCGAGCUGCAGCUGCACUUGCUGUCGGUCUACGCCUUCCCUUUGGCACACUGGCUGGCCUUCUUCCACAGCAGCGCCAACCCCAUCAUCUACGGCUACUUCAACGAGAACUUCCGCCGCGGCUUCCAGGCUGCCUUCCGUGCACAGCUCUGCUGGCCUCCCUGGGCCGCCCACAAGCAAGCCUACUCCGAACGGCCCAACCGCCUCCUGCGCAGGCGGGUGGUGGUGGACGUGCAACCCAGCGACUCCGGCCUGCCAUCAGAGUCUGGCCCCAGCAGCGGGGUCCCAGGGCCUGGCCGGCUGCCAUUGCGCAAUGGGCGUGUGGCCCAUCAGGAUGGCCCGGGGGAAGGGCCAGGCUGCAACCACAUGCCCCUCACCAUCCCGGCCUGGAACAUUUGA